AUCAUUGGUCCGUCCAAUCUCGUUGUAACAUGCAGGUGAGAAUGAAGAGUCGCGACUAGAGCCAGAGAAGAGGCUGAGAAGUAUGAUAUCUGACUUCUGACCACCAGUCGUCAGUCGCCAGUCGCCAGUCGCCUUCUAUCUAUCUGUAUCUCUUUCCGCUUCCCCUGUUACAAUAUUAAUUAAUAACUUCAAGCUUCACUGGCCAUGUCUGCGGCGGCCGCCGUUGCCUUAACUUAUCUCAGCCCCACCCAUUUGUCAACUAAUAAGCUCCUAUUCAGCUCCAUACACACACCCACUGCUAAAACCACAUUAUCUUUAAGGCCUUUCUUGUUCAGGGUCCAGUAUUUAUCCCCCAAGCGAAGCUCCACACCCACUGGGUUCAAGCCCUUUUCUCCCCCUGUGAUGGAGUGGCAGGAUUGCACGGUCAAAAGGGAAAUUGAUGUGCCCGUUGCUGUGGCUUAUAAGUGUUACUUAGACCGCGAAUCAAUUCCCCGUUGGAUGCCCUUCAUUUCAUCGGUAAAGAUACUGGAAGACAAGCCCGACCUAUCACGAUGGUCACUCAAGUAUAAAGCAUUUGGUCGUGAUAUUGAAUUUUCUUGGCUUGCUAGAAAUAUGCAGCCAAUCCCAAAUCAGAAAAUUCAUUGGAGAUCUCUGGAAGGUCUUCCUAACAGAGGUGCUGUUCGAUUCUUUCCCAAGGGUCCUUCAUCAUGUACAGUAGAGUUAACUGUGUCUUACGAAGUUCCUCAACUUUUGGUUCCAGUGGCAUCAGCCUUACAGCCUUUCCUUGAGAACUUACUUAUACGUGGUCUAGAAAGAUUUGCAAAAUUUGCGAAAAGCUCUUUGGCAGACUGAGACUGAGACUAGGAUCUCCACUGGACAACCAAAUCCAGAUAAUUGGCACUAAAUUAGGCAUGGUUCCCAACAGAGGGGCAUUAUCAGUUGCAGCCAGUUCUGGUGUCUGUGAGACUGCGAGGGCAAUUGUUACAGAACUUGACGGUGAUGUUAGCGUCUCUUCAAUUCUUCUUAUCAAGGUUUAUUCCCCGUUGGUGAUUGAAA